GACAAUUCGACCCUCAAUCGGUCAUCCGUCGUCACGUUCAGUGCCACUAAAGCACUUACAUCGGCGGCAAAUACCCGAUCAUGCACCAGAACGUCCGACAAAGACUCUACGCCACUGGAGACGUCAGCGGCUAGAGGUGUGUAUUGCCAGUGGAAGUAGCAGUCGUAAAAAACCGCCCGCCCUGCAAUCGUCAGUUCGGUUAGCGACCCCUCAACAUUCUGUCGAGGAGCCAGCCGUUAUCGGACCACGCCCGUGUUUUUCGCCACGAGGCGAAAUAUCGGAAGGUUUUCCUGGCGAGUCCCCCGUUGCAAGGACCCCAGACCGUGUCAGUGUCGAAUCUUUUUCGACCGAUUCCACGGAAGAAGGGAUGCUUCUGGACCGAUCGCCGGACAAUGGAGUCAGCGAUCUCGACGAAUUGGCGGCACACCUGGAACUCGGCCGCGGUGAAGACUAA